AGACGCCCAAGCCUCCUCUCCUCCCACCACCCGUCAGGCCGUCACCCGUGACGAUGGCAGCUGCAGGUCUGCUCAGCCUCUGCCUCGUCUCCGCUCUCGCCUUCUCUUCGUGCUCGCUGUCGCUGGCCAGCCACCAGCGGGACGCCGACAGGGUGGCGCGCCUCCCCGGCCAGCCGGAGAGCUCGAGCGUGUCGCAGUUCGCCGGCUACGUCAUGAUGAACAAGCGCCACGGGAGGGCGCUCUUCUACUGGGUCUUCGAGGCGCAGACGCCGCCGGAGGAGAAGCCGCUCCUCCUCUGGCUCAACGGAGGACCCGAUUGCUCCUCGCUUGGCUAUGGAGCUGCAUCGGAGCUGGGGCCUCUCAGAGUUAUCAGAGAAGGAACAGCCCUGAAGUUCAAUGAAUACGCCUGGGACAAAGGUGCUCUACAUACACAGGCUAACCUACUAUUCUUGGAGUCUCCUGUUGGGGCUGGCUUCUCCUACACCAACACAUCCUCUGACCUUGACAAAUUGAAUGAUGACUUUGUAGCUGAAGAUGCUUAUAGCUUCCUAGUGAACUGGCUACAGAGAUUUCCGGAGUACAAGGACAGAGAGUUCUACAUUGCAGGAGAGAGUUAUGCAGGUCAUUAUGUGCCACAACUUGUUGCUCUUGUUUCUGAGAGAAACAAGGAGAAGAAGGGCAAAGCAUAUAUCAACAUCAAGGGGUUCAUUGUUGGCAAUCCUGUCACUAAUGAUUACUAUGAUUCGAAAGGUCUAGCUGAGUAUGCCUGGAGCCACGCAGUUGUGUCGGAUGAAGUAUACAGCCGCAUUAAGAAGUACUGUGACUUCAAGAUUUCUAAUUGGUCUGAUGAUUGCAACGCCGCCAUGAACAUUGUGUAUGGUCAGUACCGAGAGAUCGACAUGUACAACAUAUAUGCCCCCAGAUGCCUUCUAAAUCAGAGUUCAGCAUCAUCUGCAAACCGUGCAUUCUUCGUGAAUGAUCAGUUCAGGAGAAGAACACGGAUGUUCUCUGGCUAUGAUCCCUGUUACUCAUCCUAUGCUGAGGACUACUUCAACAAGCAGGAAGUGCAGAAAGCAUUUCAUGCGAAUUUCUUGCUUCCGGGGAAAUGGCAUGCCUGCAGUGAUCUCAUCCAGAACUACUACAAUUUUUCGGUAUCCUCGGUCCUACCCAUAUACUCUAAGCUCAUCAAAGCAGGACUGAGAGUUUGGCUCUACAGGUCUGGUUCUUCGGCGACACUGAGAAGUCAUACAAAUUCUGCAUCUAUGCAUCGGUGAUGCAGAUGGUUGGGUCCCGGUGAUCGACUCCCGGUACUGCGUGGAAGCACUUGGCCUGCCGAUCAAGACCCAGUGGCAACCGUGGUACCCAGGCCCGGGCAUAUGGGGAACUUUUUUUAAAAAAG